GGAGCUCGGAGGCAAGCCUGAGCAUGGAAACUAAGCCAGAAUCCAAGUACGAUGUGUUUUUGAGUUUCAGGGGAAGUGACACGCGCCUAAACUUCACUGAUUCCCUUUACCACAGCAUGGUACGUGCGGGGAUCCGUGUUUUCCUUGACAGUGAAGAACUUGAAUAUGGUGAAGAAAUCAGUGAAGUUUUGAAGGCAGUGAAUGAGGCUCAAAUCUGCAUACCCAUCUUCUCUCAGAACUUCGCCUCUAGUUCAUGGUGUCUCCGCGAGGUAGCUCACAUGAUAGAGUGCUCCUCGGAAUCAAAUCAGAACAAAGAGAUCAUCCCCAUUUUUUAUGAUGUGAAGGCUGAUGAUGUGAAGCUCAAAACUGAUUUAUUCAAGAAAGCCAUACACAAGCACAAGAAGAAGGUUGGCAAGGAUGAGUUGGAGCGAUGGAAAAGUGCCCUUGUCGAGGUUGGAGGUAAAAUUGGACGGGAACUUAUAGGCAAACGCCAAGGAGAAGAAAUUGACUCGAUUGUUGAACAGGUUUCCCGUAAGCUUAAUACAAGACACAUGAGUGUGACUGAACAUUUGGUUGAAGAUAGUGCUCAAGUGGAAGCCAUAAUGAAAUUGUUGGAUGUUGGGUCUGAUGGUGUACGUUUUGUUGGUAUCCACGGCACGGGUGGUGUUGGAAAAACAACUCUUGCCAAAGUCAUGUUCAACAAGCUAUCUUCUCACUUUGAAGGUUGUUGUUUCCUUGAAGACAUUCGAGCAUCAUCGCAACCUCCUGAUGGUCUUUUAAAGUUGCAGAAAAAGCUCUUAUCAAGUUUUGUCAGUUCUACAAUUACUGACCAAAUUGAGAAUGUUGAUGGUGGGAUCAAGAUGAUCAAAAGAGUACUUAGAAAUAAAAAAGUACUCAUCGUACUUGAUGAUGUAGAUGAGAAAGAGCAACUUGAAAAUCUAGCCAGAAAAUCUGAUUGGUUUUGUUCUGGUAGUAGAAUCAUUAUCACAACUAGGGAAGUAAUCAUCCUAAAGACUCAAGUGAACCCCAAUGGAAUUUUGCUUUAUGAAGUUCUUGGAAUGAGAUUUGAUCUAGCACUUUAUCUGUUUUAUAAGUAUGCAUUUAGAAGUGACUCUGCUGUAAAAGAAUAUGAAAAUCCUUCAAGAGAAAUUGUUUGUACAGUGGGCAUGCUUCCUUUGGCUAUUAUGGUGAUAGGGUCUCAUCUUUUUGACUUGGGCAAUGAUAUGGGGCAUUUGGAUAAAAGAAAAGUAUGGGAUGAGACGCUGAAGCAAUUAAAGGAAGGUCCUUUUGACAAAGUCCGAAAAUCAUUAAUGAUAAGUUAUGAGCGAUUAAAGCAUAAGGAAAAGGAAGUAUUUUUGGAUAUAGCGUGCUUUUUCACCAAUGAGGACAGAACAUAUCCAAUCAUCAUGUGGAAGGAUUGGAAUUACCAUCCUCACACUGCAAUCACAGUUCGCUCUCUCAAGUCCUUGAUAAAAAUUAGAGAUGACAACAAGUUUUGGAUGCAUGACCAAGUUCGAGACUUUGGAAGGUACAUCGUUCUUGAAGAAUACCCUUGCAAGUUUUGUAGGGUGUGGAUACGUGAGAAAGCCUUGAACCUACUGGAGAGAAAAGAGAAAAAUGAAGAUGUUGAAGCACUAAGCCUGAUGUUCCAUGGCCACAGCUUCACACGAGAAGAAUUAGCUUGUCUACCAAAACUAAGGUUUCUUCAAGUGAGAAAGUCUGAUUUUUCUGGCAACUUCGAAAAUCUCCUUUCGGAGCUGAGAUGGCUUUCUUGGCAAACAUGGCAAACAACUUUCCAUGCAAGUAACUUUCACUUUAGUAAUUUGGUCGUUCUCGACCUUUCAGAUAGUGAUAUUGGAGAUGAUUGGGUUGGGUGGAGCCAAAUGAAGAUGGAUAAACUGAAGGUUCUAGAUUUGACGAGUUGCAUAAGGAUAAAACAGACACCUGACUUCUCGAACUUAUGUCUUUGGAGAAGCUAAUUCUUGCUCGGUGUGUUGAGUUAACCACAAUUCACCGUUCCAU